AUGUCUCGGCCACCAGGAAGAAAGCAGGAGAACCACAAAAUAAGCAAAGAACUUUUUGUACUCACAUAUGGGGCUUUGGUAGCUCAGCUGUGCAAGGACUAUGAAAAAGAUGAAGAUGUCAACACCUGUUUAGAUAGAAUGGGAUACGGCAUUGGCGUAAGGCUGAUUGAUGAUUUUUUAGCUCAUUCAGCUGUGAAAAAGUGCCGCAGUUAUUCUGAAACCGCAGACAUGAUUGCACAGGAAAUUUUGAUAAUAGAUUUUGAAGACAUUCGUCAUAUCGUAAUGCGAAGUACAGAUGAAACUAAACUGAAAGCAUAUGAGGGCCUAGCAUGGUUAACUAGUUUUUGUUCUUGCGACAAAGACUUGAAGUUUGAAGGAGCAGCAGAUGUGUAG